AUGACAGACAAACCGGCGGGUGUCACUAUUCGUGAUGUAAAGAAAGAACAGCAAGAACGGUUGCGUUCCAUACUGCAUUAUCAGUUUCCCUCAGAGGAGCUCAGUCCGAAUCACACCUUCUGUGGUCGAUGCAAACUCAUCAAUUUUGAUGCCAUCUUCAAAUUGCUGGCGACUCGGUCAGACUCACAAGAAACUGCAGUUGCCAACAUCGGGAGCGUUGAUCGGACCAUGUUGACUUUGACUUGUCCCUGUUGUGUCUUUUGUGCUCAGAUUGUCUUCCUCAACAAACCCCAGUAUCCGUUUGAUAUGGUUAAUGACUGCUAUAUCCAGGCACAGUCCUGUCGGAAACAGGGAUCGGCUCAAAACGAUGCGAAUCAAGAACCCUAUGGCUCUUAUCAUAAAUGUUUGAAGCUCUAUUGGUCUGGACCAAGCUUACAAGCCUAUGACACUUGGAGACCGGGCCCCCUGUCAGAACACCUUAUCUUCCCAGCCGGCCAGUACCCAGAUGGCGCAUGGGCUUUGGAAGAUGGCGCUGUGUAUGCACGACAUCUUGAUCUAAGCACCAUUGAAUACGGUCACAUCGUACGAUGUUUGCACCAAUGUCGGUCCAGCCACGCAAGCUGCAAGAAAAUAGACCCUGACUCGGUUAUCAAUACAAGGCUGAUCGACUGCCAGACAAAUCCUCCGACCCUUGUCGAUGGCUCAACGGAUAUGGACUACUUCGCUUUGAGCUAUUGCUGGGGCUUUGCACCGCCUGGCGUGACAAGAAGAGCCGAUGCCGCAGGCGCAGCCUUGGACGCAGCCUCCCUUCCCCAGACAAUAAGAGAUGCCAUUGUCGCCACCAUCAAGCUUGGGGGUACUCAUCUAUGGGUCGAUGCAAUCUGUAUCGAUCAAGACGAUGCACUCUCAAAAGAAACCCUCAUCAGCAGGAUGGACUAUGUGUAUAACAAGGCAGAUCUCGUGCUUGUUGCACUAGGAGAUGACUCAAGUACGGGACUGCCGGGAGUUUCGACGCCCAGAAUUCCACAACCUGCUCUAAGAAUCGGUGUCACGACACUGGUCUCAAACAUGUCUGAUCUCCGCGAGCUACUACAGGCCUCUAGGUGGAGCAGUCGAGGCUGGACAUAUCAAGAGGUGGUAUUGGCUCGCAGGUGCCUUUUCUUCACUCCUGAGCAAUGGCAUUUUGUGUGUAGAACUUCGUCAGCUUAUGAGACUUUGGUUGAAGAUCUGCCCAAAUUUGACGACCGUCGAAUGGAUCUUUAUGCUCUGCGGUCUACGCUAUUUCGGAUGGCAGGAACCAACGCGCACGAUCUUGAGAUUACCGAGGAUGUUCGGGAAUAUACAAUCAGAGACCUGUCCUUCGACAGCGACUUUCUCAACGCAUUUCGAGGAGUUCUUCGCAGGAGUGGUUUACAUUCUCUAUGUGGAGUUAUCGCGCUGGAAGCUAAGAAUCGCCUAUACGCACAAAGAGAUCUUGAAAGUGGAUUUGCACUGGGGCUUUUCUGGGCCGGUCAAGAUCGCUAUUUCACGAGGACGCCGGGUCAAGGUCCUGCGCGAACUACCCGGCGCCCUGGCUUUCCCACAUGGUCGUGGCUCUCCUCACGAGGUGUGGUUGAUAUGACUUGGAGUAACCCUCAAGACUUUAUCCCGGACUUUUCAGGGAUCAAUGUUCAUGCAGUAUUUAGCUUACAGGAUACCAAUGGUAUCGCGACGCCUUUGACCACCAUGUGGCAGGGUGGCGCCGCAGGGGGUUCGCUGAACAAGUUUUUGGAACUGCAAUCGGGCCAGCAUCUUCAGAUUACAAGUUACAUCGUCACUGUCCGAUUUAUGAAACCCUCCCAGGCCGUCAUGCUCCAGGAAUACUGGUUCAUCUUGGACGGUCCCCUCACUCUCUUCGCUGACGAUAAUGGCGCUCUUGGCAGACCCGAAGAGACGGUGUUUUACUCAGCAACUCUGAAAAUCGCGACCGGAGACAUUCGAAAGGUCUACGAUCAGGAGAACAUCGCUUUUGACAAGGAAGCGUUCUCUGACCCAACCCUCCGUGAGCGCAUUCUCCAGGAGGAAUUCGAAUUAUUGUUACUAGUUUCUCAUGGGCACGAACAGCGUCAACUGAACUAUUGGAUAAUUCUGGACAAGGAGAAUGGGAAGAGGAGGAGAAUCGGUAUUGCCAGGUGCGAAGGCUACAGAUACACGGUCACCAACUCCAGCCAGCAGAGUGAACUUUGCAACUCCUUCCAUGACGGAAAUUUAUCUAACAUGCCCGAUGACUACAUCUUCCUCCCGAAGAAGACAAUCGUUACCAUGGUAUAGACGUCACUGAAUCCUCGACCUUAUCUUCCUAUCGAGCUUCCUCUUAAACUGCGCUAUGAUGUCCCUCAGCGUCUCCACAACCCACGGACUUGCACAUGAGAUGAACAGUGCUUCCGCUUUGGCGUCCACCUCUGUCCAAUCUUUGUCCCGGCGAGCGUCUUC